AUGAACGCCUCGACGCCGCCGGGCCGCCGGCAACGGUACGGCCUCUCGGGGAUGCCUUCACCAGUAUAUAUCUCGUUCGACAAUUUAUGUCGCGCAAGCGCCUCUGCGUUGCGGCCAUCGACGGCGGUGCGCGCCGCCAUCGACACGAAUCUUUGUUUGGUGAGCGAGGUUGCAAGUGAGGAGGUCGACGAGAGCGCUCUCCAGAGGUGGUUUGGCAACUACCGCGGUACCAGCGUCGCGAGGUUCCCCUUCGCCGUGCUCGAGAUCAAGCUCGCGCUCGACGACGCCGACGAUUUACCGGGAUGGGUCAAGCCCAUCGUCGACGACCUCGUGCCGGUGCACAAGUUCUCGAAGUAUAUGCCUGUGUUCGUGAGCCUCAACGCCGCGUCGAUGGCGUGGGGCGCCUGAAGUUUGAUUUCCACACAGGUAUAUACAUGGGGCCGCAACCUUACUCCCGGACGAGGUCCAGGCCGUGCCCUACUGGACCGACGAGCCGGCGCUCAAGCAAGAGGCGAGCUUCCAGACGCCCGUCAAGGCCGCGCUGAAGUCGCCCGAGUCGUUUGGGAACCGAGCCGUCGGGGCGGCGGCGUUGCGACCGGUCGCCCGCGAGUGGCACGACGGCGAGCGGCGCACGCAAGCGUCGAUCCAACGGCGCGAGGAACCGGGAUGUUUUCAGACCGUCGCUGAAGCCGGUCCCCUGGAGCCCGGGCGCGUCCUCGAGGGCGGCUGCUGUGAGACGGAGCGCGAGCCGGCUGCCGGACUGUUGAUGCCCAAAGAUUUGUUCGCGAACGAGCGCACGUUCAUCCAUUGGCUACAUAUGGCUGUUAUUCUCGUAUCCUUCGGCUCCACGGCCUUCGCCUUCGCCGACGCCGGCGCCCGGUUCAUCUCGCCGGCGGCGCGCUUCCGGGCCGCGUGCUACGGGGGCAUGCUCUGCGUCGGCGCGUCCGUUUUAGCUUGCUACGCGUUGCUGACGUACCGCUGGCGCGCCAGACACAUCCUCGCCAAAGAUCAGCCCGAGUGGGGCGACCCCCAGGGACCGCUCCUCGUGACGUUCGUCGUCGUCUUCAUGCUUCUCUCGGCCUGGGUCGCGGAGAUGAAGGUGUGGCUCUCGUCUACGUGA